AUGUAUCAGGGCAACCAGACUUCAAAAGUGACUGAAUUCAUUCUGUUAGGCCUCACAGAGAAUCCUAAAUGGAAACUAAUCCUUUUUAUGAUUUUUCUCACUAUCUAUUUAACAACAUGGCUUGGAAACCUUACCAUUAUCUUUACAGUGGUUUUAGUGCAGCACCUCCACACACCCAUGUAUUUCCUAUUGGCCAACCUAGCAGUCAUAGACAUCAGUGAUUCCACAGUCACUGCACUCAAGAUGUUGAGAGGCCUCCUCUCACAACCAAAUACAAUCUCCUAUGAUUGGUGCAUGACCCAGAUUUUCUUUUUUCAUUUGACUGGCUCCUCUGUGGAUUUUCUCCUGGUAGUGAUGGCUGUUGACCGGUAUGUAGCUAUCUACAAGCCACUACAGUAUUUACUUAUUAUGAACCAAAGAGUUUGCAUAUAUUUAGUAGCAGGAGCAUGGUUGGGUGGUUUUGUUCACUCGAUUGUCCAGAUUGGAAUUAUCAUUCAGCUACCCUUCUGUGGUCCUAAUGUGCUGAACAAUUUUUAUUGUGACAUACCCCAAGUCAUCAAACUGGCUUGUACAAACACCUAUGUCACUGAAUUGUUGAUGGUUUGUAACAGUGGAUUGAUUGUGGCGGUUAUGUUUUUUGUGUUACUUAUAUCGUAUACUAUCAUUCUGGUGAAGAUUCGGACACAUGUCACAGAUGGAAAACACAAAGCCAUUUCCACCUGUGCUGCACAGAUCAUAGUGCUAACAUUAAAUUUUGGGCCAGCUAUAUUUAUUUAUGACCGACCUUUCAGAGUAUUUCCAGGAGACAAAAUUUUUUCCAUGAUGUACACUCUCAUUACUCCAAUGUUAAAUCCCAUGAUCUUCACUCUGAGAAAUACAGACAUGAAAAAUGCCAUUAAGAAACUGGGAAGAAAAAUGCUGCCUUUAGAAAGUGGAAUCUUUGGUGAGGUGGCUCAUGUUUUUCCGACCAGAUCUCAUGUACUGUCAGUACAUGUGAACAGUUAA